AUGGAGAACCUUCCAGAAGAACUGAAACUGGAAAUCCUCCUACGCAUGCCCAUCAAAUCCCUGCUGCGUUCAAAGUGUGUUUCAAAGUCAUGGCGCUCAAGAAUCUCACACCCUAAUUUCCCCAAGCUGCAUGCUCAACUAUCUCCCUAUUCCCAACACCCUACUCGAAUCCUUAUCACAUCUUAUCCUCAAAUGAAAUCCCUGGAUAUCAACGCAUCCCUUCACGAUGAUUCUGCCACUCUAAACCUCGAUUUCCCCCCUCUACAUCCAGAAAAUGAUAUUGUUUGUUUCAUGGGUUCAAAAUUUUCAUCUGUGGAAUCCUGUCACUGUUGCCUACAAACAGAUCUCACUCCCUCCUCAUUGCAGAUCUGCAACCCCGUUUGCCUUUUGUUAUCAUGA